UUUUUUGGAUAUAACUUUUUUAAUUACGACUUUUUAGUAAUUUCCGCUAAACAAACCGGUUUGACAAAGUUUGGCCCCUAUUCCGGAUUAGGGUUUCUCCCUUUACCAAUCGCUCCCAAAUUCACGUUCUCCUCCAAGCAACCUUCUCCUUUAAUCGCCGAACCAAACAACAGAGUGAAAAUGAGUUGCCAAAACUCUCUGAGCAAUCAUUGUUCUAGAACAUACUGGACGCCGACAAUGGAACGAUACUUUAUCGAUCUCAUGUUAGAGCAUGUCCACAGAGGAAAUAGAAUCGGCCACACGUUUAAUAAGCAAGCCUGGACGGAUAUGCUAGCUGUCUUCAAUUCGAAAUUCGGAUCGCAGUACGACAAAGAUGUGUUGAAAGGCCGUUACACGAAUCUGUGGAAAUUAUUUAAUGAUAUUAAAAAUAUCCUUAGCCAGAAUGGAUUUUCUUGGGACGAAACUAAGCAAAUGGUGGUGGCUGAUGAUUACGUGUGGGACACGUAUAUCAAGAUUCAUCCAGAAGCAAGGCCUUACAAAACAAAACCCGUGCUCAAUUUCGACGAUUUGUGUUUGAUAUAUGGUUAUACAGUUGCCGACGGCAGAUACAGUCGAUCAAGUCAUGAUGUAGAUGCUGACUAUGAUAUCCAAGGAGCGAGCUUUGGUGACUGUAACAGUAGCGUAGCUCCUUCGUGUAGUUCGAGGACAGAGUGGACCCCGGAUAUGGACCAAUACUUCAUGGAGCUGAUGUUGCAACAGAAAGAAAGAGGCAAUAAGCUCGAAAAUACGUUCACAAGGCAAGCAUGGACUGAUAUGCUCGCGUUUUUUAAUGCAAAAUUUGGAUCCGAUUGUAAUAAACGAGUUUUGAGGCACCGAUAUAGAAAAUUGUGGAAGUAUUAUAGCGAUUUAAUGACAUUGGUUAAACAAGAAGGUUUCUGUUGGGACGAGAAACGGGAAAUGGUGAUGGCUGAUGGUGAUGUUUGGGAUUCGUAUUUAAAGGCACAUGCACAUGCUCGAUUUUAUAGAGACAAAGUCUUUCGAAGCUAUAACAAGCUGGCGUUGGUAUUUGGGGAGAUGGUCUGUAAGGAAAGCCGAAGCGAUGCUAAAAGUGAAGUUGUAGUUGCAAAAGGCAAUGAGCGUUCUAGAACAUACUGGACCCCACCAAUGGACCGUUUUCUUAUCGAGUUAAUGCUCGAGCAAGUACACAGAGGAAAUCGAAUCGGGCUGUCAUUUAUCACCCAAGCAUGGAAAGAAAUGGUCGAAUCAUUCAACGCAAACUUCGAAUCCAGUCACGAUAAAGAAGUUUUGAAAAAUAGAUACAAGCAUUUCAAGAAACAGUACAAUGAUGUCAGCAUCCUCUUACAGCACAGUGGCUUUUUAUGGGACGAAAGCCGAGAAAUGGUGACAGCUGAAAAUCACGUUUGGGAUGCUUAUAUUAAGGCACAUCCAGAUGCCAGGUCAUACAGAGUUAAGACUGUGCCAUGUUAUCACAAAUUACGCGUAAUAUAUGGACAAGAUAAGUUUGACGGGUCGUAUGUACGUCUCGUUGACAGCAUGGAUCCAGCUGUUGGAAGUUCUUGUGUGGAAAUAGGCAAUGGGAACGAAGAAGAAGCUGAUGCUGGUGCAAAUUUCGUAAUAGAUUGGACACCGCAAAUGGAACGUUAUUUUCUCGACCUUAUGUUGGAGCAGGUGCAAAAUGGUAAUAAGAUCGAUAAUGAAUUUAGCGAGCAAGCUUGGUUUCACAUCACUCUGUCAUUUAAAGAAAACUUCGGUCCACAAUACGAGCAGAACUUUCUAGAAACUCGUCGUUUGAGUUUAAUGAAACAAUAUAUUGAAAUCACUAACAUCCUCAAUCAACAAGGUUUCAUGUGGGAUGAAUCUACACAGACAAUUACAGCUGGCAUCGAAACUUGGGAAUCGUACACCAAGGAGAAUCCAGAGGCAAUUUCAUAUAGAGAUAAAGUCAUUGGAUAUUACGGUGAAUUGUGUAGUAUUUUCGGGACAAGUGAAUUAGUUGACACAAAAUUGAUGUGUGACCUUCCUAUAAACAUCAAAAUUGAUGAAUACUCGGGAGAUUUUUCAGGGGCAUUUUUGGAAAGUGAGAUAUACGAUCAAGCGAAGAAACGGCCACCAUCUACGCCUAUAGCUUUGGAGUGUCGAAUUAAAUCACAAAAAACAGGGGAGAAGAAAAAGGUGCACGGGGAUAUUACCAACACCACAAGUGUAGGGAAUAAUUACUCUGCAUUAGAGAGUGCUAUAGAUGCUCUCCAAGCCAUACCUGAUAUAGAUGACGAGAUCUUAUUGGACGGUUGUGAUCUGUUGGAGGAUGAGAGGAAGGCAAAGACGUUUUUAGCCCUGGAUGCCUCUCUCAGGAAGAAAUGGCUGCUUAGAAAGCUGGGGCGUGGCUCGUAAUUUGUAAAUAUAUUGGUCUCGUAGAUUUGAGCUUGUUGCAUACAGUUUGUAGAGAAAAAACGAGGCGAAUUACACAAAAAUACUCUUUAAGUCAUUUGAUUACAAAAGUAACACAUAAUCUGUAAUGAGAAAUUGGCGAAUGUAUC